AUGUGGAAAGGAAGAUGGGAAGGCUGCAAGGAUCCAGAAAAUGAAAUUGUGCAGAAGAUCUGGAGGUCAAGAAAGCUUAUGUUGAUACGUACCCCUGCUCAUCCAAAUGAUUUUAGACUCCGUGAUCCUGAUGAGAAUCUUGUUACUACUUCUGAGUCUUGUUCUUGGGCUGCUGAUGAGCAAGCUUGUUGUAUUGAUAACCCAAACCUGAUGCAUGGAGAACCUCAAAGUUGGAUAUGCAGAAAAGACAUCAUGGAGGGCAAAUAA